GCUCUGAGCUGCGGGGCUGCAGGAUGGUGCGGGAGCUGAGCCGCGGGGAGGUGCGGGCUCUGAGCUGCGGGGCCGCGGGACGAUGCGGUGCGGGAGGGCAGUGUCCGCAGCCCCGGGGCGGUGCGGUCGCCGCUCGGGGCGGUGCGGUCCCCGCCGUGUCCCCGCUCGGGCGGGGCGGGCGCUGCCCGGUCCCCCCGCUCCGCCCCGCGGCGGCUCCGCAGCCUCCUGCCGCUGCUGCCGGGCCGGGGCAGCGCCGUUCUCCGCCGCCGAUGUGGGGCUGCCGCGGGCAGGGCCGGCGCUGCCGAGUAUGUAUGACCAAUUGCCCUACCCUGAUUGUCAUGGUGGGUCUCCCUGCAAGAGGAAAAACCUACAUCUCGAAGAAGCUGACGCGCUACUUAAACUGGAUUGGAGUGCCUACAAAAGAAUUUAAUGUCGGUCAGUAUCGUCGAGAUUUGGUGAAAAAGUAUAAAUCUUUUGAAUUCUUCCUGCCUGACAAUGAAGAAGGCUUGAAAAUCAGGAAACAGUGUGCCUUAGCAGCGCUGAAUGACGUCCGACAGUACCUCAGUGAAGAAAAUGGGCACGUGGCUGUCUUUGAUGCUACAAACACAACUCGAGAACGUAGAGAAACUAUUUACAAAUUUGGUGAAGAAAAUGGAUAUAAGACUUUUUUUGUUGAGUCAGUAUGUGUGGAUCCAGAAGUCAUUGCUGCAAACAUUGUGCAAGUGAAGCUGGGUAGUCCUGACUAUGUUGAUUGUAGUAAUGAUGAAGCAACAGAAGACUUCAUGAAAAGAAUAGAAUGCUACAAGAACUCCUACGAGACGCUAGAUGAAACUCUUGACAAGGAUCUUUCUUAUAUUAAAAUUAUGGAUGUUGGGAGGAGUUACCUUGUGAACAGAGUAAUGGAUCACAUCCAGAGCCGGAUUGUCUACUACCUCAUGAAUAUCCAUGUGACUCCUCGGUCAAUCUACCUCUGUCGACAUGGAGAAAGUGAACUCAAUCUGAAAGGGAGAAUAGGAGGAGAUCCAGGACUGUCUGUCCGGGGCAAAGAGUUUGCCAAAAGCUUGGCACAAUUUAUUAAUGAGCAAAACAUCAAAGAUCUGAAAGUUUGGACCAGCCAGAUGAAAAGGACGAUUCAGACUGCUGAAGCCUUGGGAGUGCCUUACGAGCAGUGGAAGGUUUUGAAUGAGAUCGAUGCAGGAGUGUGUGAAGAAAUGACAUAUGAAGAAAUACAGGAAAAUUAUCCUCUUGAAUUUGCACUGAGAGACCAAGACAAAUACAGAUACAGAUAUCCUAAAGGAGAGUCCUAUGAAGAUCUUGUUCAGAGGCUGGAGCCAGUAAUUAUGGAACUUGAAAGGCAGGAAAAUGUGCUUGUCAUAUGUCACCAGGCUGUCAUGCGCUGUUUGCUCGCAUAUUUUCUUGACAAGCCUGCAGAACAGCUGCCUUACCUGAAGUGCCCGCUGCACACUGUCUUAAAGCUAACGCCGGUGGCUUAUGGAUGUAAAGUAGAAUCUAUAUUCCUGAAUGUUGAAGCUGUAAACACGCACAGAGAUAAACCAGAGAAUGUAGACAUUUCCAGACCUCCCGAGGACGCUCUUGUAACAGUCCCUGCUCAUCAGUGACUCCUGUGUGCUGAUCAACUAUCGAACCGGGGAAUGUAGGCGUGAAUCGGUCACGAGAGGAAGCUCUGAGGACGGUCCCCAACCACCUAUAGCGGCAGCCCUCCCUUGGCGUGAGUGGGAAGCAGCAGCUCAGGUUCCGGAGAAUGGAGACGGCGUCACUGAGCGAAUCGGAACGAACGCGCCUUCCCCUUCACUUUGAGACAUUUCGAAUGUGAUUCAGCUUCUGUGGAGAAAACCUGUAGUUGUGGAUAACUCCCAGUGCCGAAAGGUAUCCGUAACAAGAUUUGCGGGAAGCAGAGUAGAUUGGGAUUAGAUUUUUCGUAUGUAAACUUGUGCAGUUUCAGUGGUUUUUAUUGUUCAUCUGUGGAUACUGCGAGGUGGUUUAUUGCCCAUGUCGGUUUUACUGUCAGAUUUUAACUAGCUUUUACUUUCUUUUUUAAGUGUUUUUCUAAGAGUUCCUCUUAUUUUUACUGUGAAUGACUGCCUAGAAUCGCCUGGAGAUUUUUUGAUCGUAGGUGGAAUUCUACAUUUUGAGCAUUGGAGGCUUCGUGUGGUGAAACUCCUUGAAACUGCAAAGCCGUUCAGCGUCUGCGUUUCAAGCUCAGCUUCUAUUUGCCAACCGCAACUUAAAUUUUUCUGAAAUGGGGGACCUUUUCCCUUGUAAAGUAAAAGCAUUCAAAUUGGAUGGAGUACCUGAAAGGUUCCCGUGUUUUAGCAAGAUUGUAGCAUUUCCUGGUGCAGCUCUCUGCUGAGGGCAGCAGAAGAGAUGGGAUUAAGUGGGGCACGUGUGAGCGUAGCGACCGGCCUGGGUAGUGAGAGAAGUCGGUCCUUUCUGCUGCGGUUACAGAGGGGAUGAGCAGCUUUUCCGAGGCUGGAAGGGAGGGGAAAAGGAUUCCAACUGCCAGGGGCUGGAGAAGCUGCGUGUCUUAUUAGUGCUGCGAUGGUGUUUUCUUAGGAAUGGAAUGUAUUUCAACAUAAAAGCAUAUGUUUCUCUUUUAUAGCGACAUUUAAUACAUGAGGAAAGAAUACGAAAGGUUAGGUGGAGUUUAACCUUUCUCACAGCUCAUGCAAGAAAAGCACCAGGUAAAUUCUAAAGUCACACCUCUCUUGGGGUUUUUGUGUUGCUUUUAAGUACCUUCCACCAUCCCAGUUCUUCACUGCUCUUUUGUACCUUGUGAAACUCUAGUGCUAAAAAUGGAAUUCUGUGUCUUGCGGCCACGACCUUUUACCUGUACGGAAUCAAUGUGCAUUUUGUGUGUGUUACCAGACAACCGCAGCGAGCUGCCAGCACCGCUGGCUCCUGCUUCUGAAAUGAGGAGAACUGGUCUUUGGUAGCCAGCUUUUUUUUCUAAGGACUUCUCUUCAAUUAUUUGAGCUUUCACCAUGUGUGGUGCUGCGGUUUCUAUUUGUUUUGUUGUUUGAGUUUUUCCGUUUCUCAAUUCCUGUGUGAAAUACGGGGCCUUUCUAAGGUAGUUUUGCAGGCAGGGGCUAAAUUCUUUUGUUUGUGCAGGGUUUGUAACAUAACAUGCUGCUGCUGUGAUUUGUUUUAAUAAGCUAAUUUCAGCAAUAUAUUUGGCUCUGGAAGUAAGCCAUACUGUACUGCUGGGUUCCGUUUCAGAAGAGGAACGCGUAGGGUACGGAACAACCAGAAACACCUGCUUCAAGCGCUGCUGUCUAAAGCUUUGUGUGCGCCAUUCAUGCAUUUAGUAACGCCCAUUUCACAUCUUUAUUAAUUCAGCUGUGUCUGUAGCUGUCAUGCAAGAAGAAAGACCACACGGUGCUGCUCGGAGAAGUUAAUUUAUUGAUGCGUAGCUAGCAAGGGCACCUUUGUGGCAGAAACGUAGUUUCCCGUCCCGGUUUGAUGUCUGUUCAGGUAGGAGAGCCCUCACUCCUCUGCUGUCCAGCCGUGACCAGGAGGGCUUAAACACUUCAAAUGGAGAAAGUCAAGAGUUUAUCUGUAGCUACGGAGGGCAAAUCUCACUGGACUGUAUUAGAAAAGCAGCGUUCUACCGGGCCCCUGUGGUAAGUCCUGAGCUCGGACGUGGUUGAAGGGAGGCUUUUCCCAGUGAGCGCUGAGCGCAGGGCCACUUCUCUCCCCUGGCAGACAGGGCCUGAGGUGUCCCCCUCACCCCUUCCUUUAUUUUACCUCUCAACUUUCAGAGGUGCUGUACAAUCCCUCAAGGCUAAAUGUUCUAUGUCCAGUAGGUAUUUUUAUAGCCUGCUUGUGAAUAUACUGUGAUGAGUGUGUGACUAAGUGGUGUUCAGUAAAAAGAACUGUAUACAAGUGUAAAUAAACUGUUAUGCUGAUACUUGAAGAGAAAAAAGAAUAUGAAGUAGUCUGUUCCGCUUCAGGGAGGUACUGAAUCACCGGCUGCAUCUGGCCCUUAAUGGGGGGCGAGAGCACGGGGAGAGAGUGGAUGGAGAUUGGAAAGGAGCAUUCGGUUCUCCCUGGGGUGUAACCGCCUUUCUGGAAAGGCUCUGUUAGGAAUUGGGGGUUACUGUCAUUGUCCAAAAGCUGCGUUUUUGUCCCCUGUCCUGACUACACCAUCACACAGAGGGGAGGUGAAACCCCUGGUCCUGACCUUGUGUACCUGUGUUUAUUCCUGCCUGUGACUGCACUCGUCAGCUCAGAUGCAGCUCUCCGGCGGGAUUCAAUCCUCUUUCCUUACAGCCUUCCUUGUAAUCUUUCAGACAA